GAAGUGAGGGCGGUGACGACAGCGGAGUGAGACUCUUGUCGGUGUGCAAACGAUCUUCUCGGCACCGAAGCUCGCUUCCGUGUGUGAACUCCCCUGGCAUUGACAAGAAAGCCGCCAUGGCGUCAGGCCUGUCCGGUCUUGUCCUGCUGGCCUUUGGUGCCAUGUUGGCCGCCGAGGUGUUCGGGUACGAUAACGACUGUCAAGCCUACACGGAUUUGUCAGGCAUAUAUUACCCCCACGAGCGAUGUUUCAUUGGAUUCUGCUGUGGUUUGUGCUACUCCAGACAGUGCUGCACCAGCAGUGCACUUCGUUUAUCCGAGGACAGUCAAGAAGAGUGCGAGGGCAAUCAAGUGAUGAAGUCUGAAUCAUUGGUGGGCAGCGUGAUCGGCGUUGGUAUCGUUGUGUUUGUGGUGCUCGUCAGCUGCUGCCUCUGUCCCUGCUGCUGCCUCUACAAGAUGUGCCGCAAGCCCAGACCUGUGGUUGCAAGCACCACCCACACCACAGUGGUGACCACCACUCCUCAGCAUUACCCCCGACAACCGACAGCAUCCCCGGGUCAACCCCACCCCUACCAGGCGGCCCCCUAUCCAGCCUACCAGCCUGUUCCAAUCCAGCCGGGCUAUGGUAGCCAGCCGAUGCCACCCCAGCCGGGAUAUGGUAGCCAGCCUAUGCCACCCCAGCCGGGAUAUGGUAGCCAGCCUAUGCCACCCCAGGGGUACGGGCCGCAACCAAUGCCCACGAUGCCUCAACCAGGACAACCUUUCACACCGGGACCACCACCAACAUAUCAGGAAGCCACAGGCCCCCCCGCCUUCCCUCCCAACCCGAUGCCUUACAGUCAAGCUGCAUUCACCCCCGGACAACCCUCCUACCCACUGCAGCCGCCUCCCGUGCAGCCACAGGCUCACGCUCCACCGGCCCAGCCAGACUACCUGGCCCAGCCCGCGUACAAUCCGGAUUUUGUCUCACCGCCGCCCAAGAACGGAUAACGGUCUAUCCGGUCAUUGUCGCACGCUGGCCUGCACGAAGUCUGCUGCGACAUCCUAAAAGGAACAUUUGUCUCUCUGCGAGGAAAACCAUGUCACACUUUUAUAUAUUUCCCAAUUCUACUUACACACACACACACACAAACCUAACAGGAUCAAACAUCCGCCUUUGCAUGUCUCAGACGGAGAUGUCAAGAGUGAAAGUUGGAAGUAAGCCAGCAACCCUACCACAACAAAUCCCGAAUUCCAAUAUUUUGGAAGGGUUUUGAACCGACCCCAAAUUCUUGCAGCCGAGCUACUGCCGUCCCGAAACAUCUCGACUAUCAUCGCCGUUUUGUGGCUAUUUUCCAGCUGCCGAAGCCGUAACAGAGGCGGGACAACAGUGUGUGAGUAGGACACAUGCCUCUCCCAUCUUGUUGUGUUUGAAAGCAAUUGAAGUAUUUUACAGAUUGCAUCAAAGGGGUUCUGUGUAAAAGAAGGUCGUCUUCUGUUACGGCUCUGAUGCGUCCAUUUUGCGAGAUCUCGUGAGUCAAUCGUCUGUGGAAUUUGUAAACAUUUGCUUUUUUUGUGGUCUUUAUAUGGCCGAGAGCAGAGUCUUUCAAAGUGUAGGUCAGUGGACAUUUUUGCUUUAAAAAGAUUUUUUAAAAUGUUUGUAUAAGCAUUUACCACAUUCACUUGUUACAUCAUAUUUAAAGCCCUACUGAAAUGAGAUUUUCUUAUUUAAACGGGGAUAGCAGGUCCAUUCUAUGUGUCAUACUUGAUCAUUUCCCGAUAUUGCCAUAUUUUUGCUGAAAGGAUUUAGUAGAGAACAUCGACGAUAAAGUUCGCAACUUUUGGUCGCUAAUAGAAAAGCCCUGCCUUUACCGGAAGUAUGUGCGCGUGACGUCACGAGUUGCAGGGCUCCACACAUAUUCACAUUGUUUAUAAUGGGAGCUACCAGCAGUAAGAGCAAUUCGGACCGAGAAAGCGACAAUUUCCCCAUUAAUUUGAGCGCGGAUGAAAGAUUUGUGAAUUAGGAUAUUGAUAGUGAAGGACUAGAAAAAAAAAAAAAGCGACGGCUCCGGGCGGCGGCAAAGUGAGCGUUUCACAUAUAAUUAGACACAUUUACUGGGAUAAUUCUGGAAGAUCCCUUAUCUGCUUAUUGUUUUAAUAUUUUUUUAGUGAGAUUUUAAAGAUUGUAAAGGCAUACCUCAAGGUCGGAUGGCUGCGGUGAACACGCAGUGUCUCAGAGAGAAGCUGAGGAGCCAAGCUCACAGCUGCCUUUUUUGACAGCUGCUGCAGGAUGACGAAUAAUCCACUGAUGUCUCCGGUAUAAUAUAUAUCACAAUUUCCCCAUCCAAAAACAUGCCGGUUGACGUAGAGAAACAUGUUCGCUUGACCGCUCCGCUUCACAACAAAGAAACACCGGCUGUGUCUCUGUGUUAAAGACAGCUGCAAUCCACCGCUUUCCACCAACAGCAUUGUUCUUUAUAGUCUCCAUUAUUAAAUGAACAAAUUGCUAAAGAUUCAGCAACACAGAUGUCCAAAAUACUGUGUAAUUAUGCGGUUAAAGCAGACGACUUUUAGCUGCGAGUGGUGCAGCGCUAGUAGUUCCUAACAGUCAGUGACGUCACACAUACGUGUCAUCAUUCUGCGACAUUUUCAACAAGAAACUCGCGGGAAAUUUUAAAAUUGCAAUUUAGUAAACUAAAAAGGCCGUAUUGGCAUGUGUUGCAAUGUUAAUAUUUCAUCAUUGAUAUAUAAACUAUCAGACUGCGUGGUGGGUUGUAGUGGGUGUCAGUAGGCCUUAAAACAGUUGUGCUAAAAUCAUCCAAAUUCAACAGCAAUUUUGAAUCUUUUUGUAAAGCCGAACAUAUUUUUGCGGUGCUGAUUCUUUUAUACAACUGUCAGCACAGCUAAUUGAAAAUAUAUCUGUACAUUCAGUAUUAAUUUUUCACGAGCUGCUGCUCCCCUCAAAGUCCUGCAGCAUGCAUUACACAAACUUUUUUUUUUUUUUUUUUUUUUUAGUUAUCAGCAACUACGUCUUUAGUUUAAGUUUGGGGUUAAAGCAUAAAGGGAAGUUUAUGGUGUCAUGUGCCGGCUGGCCAAACCCUCACAUUUGUGUCUUUUUUUGUGUGUUAAGUAUCUUUAAAUGUUCAAACUGGAUGCAAUUAUACCUAAAAUUGAAUUGGUUGCGCUCAAAAACAACAACCAAAGGUGGAGUUGUAUGUUUUUUUCUACUUCCUCAUACUCUCAACUGCUGUGCCUUCUUCUUUGCCGUAAAAGUUUCCAAACAAUUUGUAAACUGUGUAGUUUUGUGUCAUUGUUAGUGCUUGGUUUUGUCCAAAAAAACAAAACAAAAACAUGUUUACAUGUUUCAUUGAUUGAUUUAUUUCCAAGCCAUACAUUGUACCGGCGAGGAAGUACAUCUUUCCUCCACACUGAAUAUGCCUUGCUACACUUGUGCUCUUCGCUGAGCACAAUUACUUGAAAGUACUUCUUCUCAAGUCACCUCUUUGUCCCAACUCAGCAAGAGCCUUUAAGUCGAAUCUGUGCAACUUCUGUAGUUAUUGUUUGAAGGCUCCAGUUGCAUCAUCGUUGACAUUUGUGUGUAAUGCUUACCGAUUGCAGAGUUACUUCCUGUCAGAUGUGACCGCAAGCCAGUUCAAUAAAUACAAAAUCCUCCCAUGUA